AUGGUGUCUUCUAUGAGAAGGGGCCGGAAGGUCGGGCGUCUACUGCUCUCGCUUCUGUUCCUUGCAGCUUGGGAGGUGGGGAGCGGCCAGGUCCACUACUCCGUCUCCGAGGAGGCCAAACACGGCACCUUCGUGGGCCGCAUCGCGCAGGACCUGGGGCUGGAGCUGGCGGAGUUGGUGCCGCGCCUGUUCCGGGUGGCGUCCAAAGGCCGCGGGGACCUUCUGGAGGUAAAUCUGCAGAAUGGCAUUUUGUUUGUGAAUUCUCGGAUCGACCGCGAGGAGCUGUGCGGGGGGAGCCUGGAGUGCAGCAUCCAUCUGGAGGUGAUCGUGGACCGGCCACUGCAAGUUUUCCACGUGGAUGUGGAGGUGAAGGACAUUAAUGACAACCCGCCGAUAUUUCCAAUGGCAGUGAAGACUAUCCGGUUUCCCGAAUCGAGGCUGCUUGACUCGCGGUUUCCUCUAGAGGGAGCAUCUGAUGCAGAUAUCGGAGUAAACGCUCUUCUCUCCUACAAGCUCAGCUCCAGUGAGUUUUUCUUUCUAGACAUACAGACAACUGAUGAACCAAGCCAGUCUUUGUCUCUUGUCCUGAGGAAAUCUCUGGACAGAGAGGAAACUGCCGAGGUUAAUUUGUUGCUGGUGGCUACUGAUGGGGGCAAACCUGAGCUCACGGGCACUGUUCAAUUGCUUAUUAAGGUAUUAGAUGUUAAUGACAACGAACCUACUUUUGACCAAUCAGUUUACAAAGUACAAUUGUUAGAGAACACCGCAAACGGAGCAUUAGUGGUUAAACUAAAUUCUUCUGAUGCAGAUGAAGGAUCAAACAGCGAGAUUGCGUAUUCAUUUAGUAGUGAUGUGCCCUCCACUAUAAAGACCAAGUUCAAAAUAGACCCCAGCUCAGGGGAAAUCAGAACUAAGGGACAAUUAGAUUUUGAAGAAACGAAAUCUUAUGAGAUUCAAGUCAUUGCUUAUGACAAUGGAACUCCAUCAAUGUCUGGGCACUGUAAAAUUUCGGUAAAACUUGUGGACAUCAAUGAUAACACACCAGAAGUCUCAAUUACUUCUCUUUCACUUCCCAUCCAAGAGGACGCUCCACUGGGCGCCGUCAUGGCGCUCAUCACAGUGUCCGACCGCGACUCUGGUGCCAAUGGACAGGUGACCUGCACCCUGACUCCCUAUGUCCCUUUCAAGCUGGUGUCCACCUUCAAGAAUUACUAUUCUUUGGUGCUGGACAGCGCCUUGGACCGCGAGAGUGUGGCUAACUAUGAGGUGGUGGUGACAGCGCGGGACGGGGGCUCGCCUUCUCUGUCGACCACCGCCAGCGUGUCUGUGGAGGUGGCCGACGUGAACGACAACGCGCCGGCGUUCCCACAGCCCGAGUACACGGUGUUCGUGAAGGAGAACAACCCGCCCGGCUGCCACAUCUUCACGGUGUCUGCGCGGGACGCGGACGCGCAGGAGAACCGCCUGCUGGUGCUGGUGAAGGACCACGGCGAGCCCGCGCUGACGGCCACGGCCACUGUGCUGCUGUCGCUGGUGGAGAGCGGCCAGGCGCCGAAGGCCUCUUCGCGGGCGUCUGUAGGCUCUGCUGGAGCGGAGGCGGUGCUGGUGGAUGUCAAUGUGUACCUGAUCAUCGCCAUCUGCGCUGUGUCCAGUCUGUUGGUGCUCACGCUGCUGCUGUACACGGCGCUGCGGUGCUCGGCGCCGCCCAUCGAGGGCGCGUGCGGGCCGGGGAAGCCCAUGCUGGUGUGUUCCAGCGCGGUGGGGAGCUGGUCUUACUCGCAGCAGAGGCGGCAGAAGGUGUGUUCUGGGGAGGGACCGCCCAAGACGGAUCUCAUGGCCUUCAGUCCCAGCCUUCCUCAAGGUCCAGGCUCCGUAGAAGAAAGACCACAAUCCUCAGAAUCAGAACACUUAGGAAAGGUGAGUGUUUUAAUUUUUUCCUGUCAAUUCUGGAAUUAUUCUGUUUCCUUUAUUCUUUAA